UUUUCUGGCGAAACAAUGAGCAAGAAAGGUUGAAGUAGAAGCGAAGAAAGCCGACAUUUAUCGAUACUGUGGAAUUUUGUACGCGUUUUCAUUGUGCCGUGAAGAAGUUCAGAGACCAGCCUUCGCAACAUUCUUGCAAUGAGAUAUACGCGCGCGUGGAGACUGGCAUAAUUUCCUGGUAAAACUACUUGUUAUUUCCUCGAAAUAAUGGGCACUCAGAAGCGGUAUCAGUCGCCAACAGUUCAAGAAAGUAUUUGCACGUCGUUUGGCAAAAGGAAAUAAUAAUCUCGACACUGGAAGGGGAGUUCCUAGAAUCUCGGAGCAGUCACCUUGCUGAACCUUGACCACUAUUGCUCAGUUGGAUGGCAUUUCAUAAUGAAUUACACAAUCACACGGACUUCAGUUGUCACUGUCUAGCCUCGGGGGAAUAUGCGUGUACAAUCUGUUGGAGAACUGUUCCUGGUUGAACAACAGUACCCGGUUCCUGCAUGUGUGUUAAUUCACAGUCACUGAUUUUGCACAAAUGUGUUCGGUCCGCAUAAUCUAUAAACAGCACGGCUAUUGUUCGACUCAAAAGAUGACAUCAUUGCACAUGGAUAAUGGACAAUGGACACGUAUGUGAUUACCGAACACAGUACACUGUAAAACUCAAAAGGUGUUUUGAGGUCACUAAAUUCAGGUUUCACGUUGAUUCUUGCAUGUAAACAUGCAUGCAUGUGUUGCCGUAUAGUUGCACUGAAGUACAUAGAUGCACACAUGCAGUUUACAUAGUUUUGCAUAUUGCUUUGAAUGCACCUGUAGGCAUGUGUAGUUGAGUCUUUCAGCACAUACUCAAGAAACAGUCAAUUUGAAAACAAAAACGAACAACCAAGGACAUUACUGGGAAAAACAUGGCCGACGAGAUCAAAGAGGUAUGUCGCGUAGGAAUGAUGCUGAAACGAUCGCAGAACAAGCGGAAACUGGCUCCUGUGAACUUCAGGAAUAGACUAUUCGUUCUGACGAGGGAUUGCAUUGCCUACUACGAGGGAACUUCUGAGAAACAAGGCAAAGAGAAGGGUCGGAUAAACUUCAGUGACAUCAAAGUUGUGGAGGAAGUGGAUGAUACUGCCUUAGAGAAACCCUAUGGUAUUCAGAUUUCUUAUGAAGACUACACAUUAUACUUCUUUGCUAGCUCACAACAAGAACAGAAAGAAUGGUUAAGUGAUUUACAAAUAGCUUGCAAAAACAACAUCACGUUGCAGAACCGGUUCCACUCUGGCAUCCACAACACCAAGACAUGGACUUGCUGCGAGCAGAAGCACGUCGGGGCACCAGGCUGUAAGGAUUCAUUCAAGCACAGAGUGGCACAGCUCCCACCGACCCCCACGCCGAGAAUAGCACCCAGCACCAGCAGUCUUCCCCCCUCCACCCAUAGGCAACAGGGUCCCUACAAUGGCCAGGUCGCCCAUAAGCCGCGAGGGUACACAACCCCAGCCAGUCACAACCACCACCUUGCCAACCCUGCCACCUCCGUCUCAGCGCGGUCACUGUCACCGUCACGGUCAACGCCUUACCGACAGACACCGUCAAAAUCACCCACUUACCCACAGCCACCGUCACCGUCACAGUCACCGACUUACCGACAGGAGCAGAAUCGGUUAAACAUCCCGCUUCCCAAACCGCCUCCGGAAAUUCCCAAGAAAGAGGACUUGAUAGUCAUUGCCAAGUUUGACUAUGAGCCCAUGGAGGACGUUGACAUUUCACUGGUCCGAGGUGAAGAGUACUCCGUCAUUGAUAACUCCAGAGAAUACUGGUGGAAAGCCAGGAAUAAACGCGGACAAGUAGGCUACAUACCCAGCAACUAUGUCGAAGAGAAGAGCAAAUUUGCAUCUGGCUUAGAAAAAUAUGAGUGGUUCACGGGUAAGUGGAAUCGCCAGCGCACCGAACAGGAGCUGAAGGGAGAAGGCAAGGACGGAUGCUUCAUGGUCAGAAACUCCAGCACCAAGGGGCUCUACACACUCUCUGUCCUCACCAAAGCUAUAAUGCACGGUCAGGAUGACAAUGUCAGCCACUAUCACAUCAAACCCACCGCGGGCAACCAGUACUACGUCUCUGAUAAGCACUGCUUCAACUCAAUACCGGAACUCAUCGAGUACCACCGACUUAACAGCGGAGGUUUGAUAACAAGACUUAGGAAUCCACCAGGCCACAUUCCCCCGACCACAGCGGGUCUGGGCUCAGGCACCCUAGAAAUUACCUGGAAGGAGUUGAGCAUUCUACACGAGCUGGGCAGCGGUCAGUUUGGGGUGGUCAAGCUGGCCAAGAUCAAGAAGAACAACCACUUUGUGGCCGUCAAGAUCAUGCGAGAGAACGCCAUGUCCGAGGACGACUUCAUCGACGAGGCCAAAGUCAUGACGCAACUCCAGCAUGAGAAUUUGGUGCAGCUGUAUGGUGUGUGCAAGAACCCUAUCUGUAUUAUAACAGAGUUUAUGUCUAAAGGCUGUCUUCUGUCGUACAUACGGAGGCACCAGGAGCUACUGGACAAACCCAACGUCCUCUGUUUCAUGGCCAUACAAAUAUGCUCAGCUCUAGCCUAUCUAGAACAGAAGAAAUUCAUUCACAGAGAUCUGGCAGCACGGAAUUGCUUGGUAGGAGAAAGAAAUCUAGUAAAAGUAGCAGACUUUGGACUUACAAGGUAUGUUCUGGAUGAUGAGUACACCAGCACUGGCACCAAGUUUCCUAUCAAAUGGGCACCACCGGAAGUCCUGCACUUCACCAAGUUCAGUAGCAAGUCGGACGUGUGGGCUUUCGGAAUCUUGCUAUGGGAGAUCUUCUCAGGAGGGAAGCUACCCUACCCUACCAUGAACAACGUACAGGUCGUGGACCAGGUGACGCGCCACCAUUACCGCAUGGAUAUCCCGGAGAAGUGCCCUCGGCCAAUGUACAACAUCAUGUACCGCUGCUGGCAUGAGAAACCAGAGAAGAGACCAUCCUUUGCCGACUUGAAGCAGAUGUUGGUGCAACUUCAAGACCAGGACUCCACCGAUUUCAUACAAUGAGCCAAACCGUGCUACCGAGACAAGCUGGGUGCUUUGCAUAAGGAUGAUCUAACUGGACAACUCCUACCCUCCUGGCUUGAUCCUGACGUCUGACUUGAGGGUCGUUGUACACAAUUUUGGAAACCAGUCCUAAUCCGUGUUUUCUGUGAGCCGUUAGUGACGAACCUCUGAUUUAUUUAUAGACAACCGUUUGUGGAUGCUUAACAUCGUUGGUUUCGGUAUUGUUUUUUUUAAUAGAAUCGGCAAGUUUUUUCAUCGUAAUUGAUUAAAUUCUGGUUAAUCAUGUAGACGAAAAUUGCAAAAGGCGGUAAUAAUAGACACUCGUGAAGUAAAACGGUGCUGACAGCAAAUCAGUAGAAAGAUCCAAAUUUGGUUGACAAAUGAGUGCAAAGGCCAGGUGGUGUUGAUACAGAGCAUGCAUGGUUCCAUCCUGCAUUCCAAACCCAACAGAUCUUAACUGCACAGCUAUGAGAUCUGGGCCCAAUUUCACGGCGCUGUUAAGCACAAAAAUUUGCUUA